CAUUGUGUUUAAUGCACGCGCGCAUAAAGUACAGUAACAAUAGUUAUACAUACCGAUCGUGUAUAAUGACGUCUUCGCGGACGAUAAUCGGCGCUGUCGCCUUGACUUGUGCCCUCGUGCCAAUUUGCUGGCCCGAAAUCCGAGCUGAAAAUUUGACGUACACGUCGGUGAUCGAGACGGCGGGGGGAAAGCUGCGCGGCGCCGUUUUCCGGACGAUCAGGAAGCACAAGGUGUACUCGUCGUUCAAAGGGAUACCCUUCGCAGAGCCUCCCCUUGGCUAUUUGAGAUUCAAACCGCCGGUCGAGAAGAAGAGAUGGAGCGGAGUGCUGGACGCCCUCGUGCAGGGAUCGGUCUGCACGCAGUACGACCUGUUCAACUUGACGCUCAUCGGCGCCGAGGACUGCCUGUACUUGAACGUUUUUACUCCUCACAGCGACUUCAGCAACGCGACCGAGCUCAAGGCCGUGAUGGUGUGGAUCUUCGGCGGUGGCUACCUCACCGGCUAUCCUAACACCGAAUUCACCGGACCGGAUUUUCUUCUCGAGAAAGACAUCAUCCUCGUGGCCAUGAACUAUCGUCUCGGCGCGCUCGGCUUUCUCAAUCUCGAUCACGAGAACGCCACGGGAAACGCCGGCCUCAAGGACCAGACCCUGGCUCUCCGCUGGGUGCAGCGGAACAUCCGCGAGUUUCGGGGCGAUCCCGAUCGCGUGACGAUUUUCGGAGUGAGCGCCGGCUCGUCCUCGGUGGACUUUCAUAUUUUGUCGCCCAUGUCCGCGGGUCUGUUCAGCCGAUCGAUCGCCAUGAGCGGCUCCGCGAUGAACACUUGGUGGCCGCUUCAGAGCCGGCUCGAGUCGAGGAUGCAGGAGUUCGCCAUGGGCUUUCUGUUCGGUUUUCCGAGUUUCAGCAAGGAGAGUUUGCUGCAGAGUCUGUACAAGGCGGAUGCUCGAACCAUCAUCAGGAGAUCGACUUUGCUCUUGUUCCGCCCGUCUGUAGAGAGAGUCACACCUGUUGGCAAUCAGAGAUUCUUAACCGACUGUCCGGUGGACCUGUUCGCCUCCGGAAAGUACAACAAAGGACCACACAUGCUAGGCACUUCGUCAUUGGAAUUCUUAUUUUUCAUUCACGGGAUUGGAUUCGACACAGCGAUACAAGGAGAUCUUCUUAUCAAAUCAGCUUUUUCACCCGAAACGAGGGAUCGACUGUACGAAUUGCUCGGCAAGCUUUUGUAUCACUUGAGUCCUUUGCUCGAGUUGAUCAGUUUUUUGGCUCACAACGUUAUCACCCUCUUGCCGAGACUCUUGCUUCGUGGCUUUCUCGAGAUUUUUACCGAUCUAUCGUUCAGGCUCGGCAUUGAUUCCAAGCAGCAACUCAUGGCUCAGACGAACGACCAGUAUCCGAUCUAUUACUAUGAGUCGUCGUAUGCUUCUGGAAUCGUGAAGGUCGCCAAUGAAUUCCUCAAUAUACAGGGACUCGGCCACGCCGAAGAUUUGCCGAUGGUACUUUACGUUCCAAUGGUCAACGUGUCGCUCGAAGACCCAGAAGCUAAUUUCAUGAUCGAUCGCUACACGACGUUGUGGACGAAUUUCGCCAAAUACGGAAAUCCAACACCUACCGAGCAACAGGAAGAUCUUGGCUUCGCGUGGCCCGAUUCUCGAUCGACGGAUAAAAUUUUCCAUAUAAACCUCGAGACGAAACUCGAAUCCAGGCCGCAAGGACCGACGACUGGUAUUUUAGAGAAAUUGGGCGUCGGGACAUCGCGAUGGCUCAAUUUUUGCUACGUAUAAAAUAAAAUUGGAGUGAAAAACUGGAAAGUCUCAGAGCAUUUAUCGCAUCCGAAGCGAAACCGAGGUUGAUAAUUCACGUUUACCGGGGGGAUACGACAAUCCAUGCAGAUAUUCCUCCAAUCCACACUGCAUUGAAAGAUCAUCAGAGUUCGUAAGUGAUAUUUUAUCUUUAUAAUUAUUUACUCACCCUUUACUGUUCUAUGAUAGUUGUAGAUUAAUUUUCUUGAUUAAUUUCGUUUUCAAUCACGACAGCGGCAAAAGCUGGACCAAACAAACAAUGUCCUUAACCCUACGGUAUCUUCAGAAACAAUCUGGACUAUGCAAAGUUCAUAAAAUGCGUCGAGUACUUACCAUUCUAUUUUGACUGUCCUGCUGGAACGAUCUACGAUCAUUCAAAUCAUCGCUGCGAUUAUCCCAACAAGAUUCAGGAAUACAACUACGGAGAAACAAGGAACGAUGGAAGGCCUUUUUAUCGAUUCUUAUUAAAAUUAAAUGCCACUAG